CUUUUUGUCACGCCGUGUGACGAAGGGGGGGGGGCAAAAAUAGUCCACAAGGAGAAGCACAUUAAAUGAGACUACAAAUUUGAUGAAUUCACAAGCGACACAUUAGGGGGCCAUCCACUUAGUACGUACGCAUGGAGGGGGGAGUGGGGGGGGUUAACCCAAAUGCGUACCCUUGCGUAUGGGGGGUCUACUGACAAUGUGCGUACACAUAGGUAACGAAGGGAGGAGGUGAAGCCUCGAUAAUAAUUUGUCUACAUUGGCCUUCAAAUGAGCCACAGUUCAGUGUCUUCAGCUGUCACACAACAAGUACUAGCGGGAGAAGCGGGCCUGUGGGAGAGGUGCCACACUUUGUGUACCACCUGACUGCUCCGCUAUCUAUCACGCAGCUCAGCAAAAUAAGUGGCUAAGGUACACAACUUAAUUCUUUAAUACAGCCGGCGGUGGACUAUCUGUUUGCUUAAACGCGUUAAUGUUAUUAAUCCUUGAUCGUUGCUGCGUGGAUUAAUCAUCGGCCGUUCUAUCGGAUUCGGGUGGAGGGGGGUGCGUCAGGCGUACGUACGCAGGUUGGAGGGGGGGUGUAAAAAGUACGCGUGGGUACAGGUAGGGGGGGAGGGGCUAAGUUUUGACAGAUUUGUGCGUACGUGUUAAAUAGAAAGACCCAUAUUUGUCAAAUUAAAUAUAAGCGAGGUAAAUGCAAUUGUUAUUACCUGAUCCAAAGCCUGGAUUUCCUUAAAUCCCCCCCUCCCGCUCUCAACUGCCGAAUGGACGCGUCUACUCGCCUGGCUCCGCCCACUCGCCUAGCUCCGCCCACUCGCCUGGCUCCGCCCACUCGCCGGUAGUGACGUCACACACAUCGAGGCGGUCUGGUGAGGUUGACGCUCCACGUUUAAGCUCCCGACAACAACGCUAAGUUUUAGCUCCAGGAUAUUCACUGAGCUCCACUUACUACAGCUGCUUCGCCAUGGAGUUCAAGUUCUUCAAACUGCUCCUGCCGCUACUGCUGCUGCUUCUUGCGGGGUUCCAUCCUUCGGCUGCAAAGCCCGUGAUGUCCAAAAACAGCAUCAGUGCGCCCGAGGGAGUGGAGCCGGCGAUGGGAAUGUCCGGCUGGAUCCAGCGGAUGCGCGGCGUGAAAAUGACGACAGCUCCCCCUCGGACCAGCGCGACUGCAACCCCUCAAGCACCCGACAUUGUCCACAAAUCUUCAGUCUACAAGACGGUUACGUUGUCCGUCCUAAGUUCCAUUGGGCUGAUCACCCUGUGUGUUGGUGCAAGGCUUCUAUACUGGCGUUACGUGAGCCUUUCAGCACAGCCUGCAGAUGAUGGUGGCGAAGCCAAUGUCAUGAACAGUGAUGAAGAAGACGUGCCACCAUCACUCUGGAGCGAUAUCUCACGAGUCCUCACGGCAAUUCGCCAAUACAUAAUGCCGCAGCCAAGGGCCGUGGAUGAAGAAGGUGAAGACGUUGCACCAGGCGGGUGGUUUAUGGAGAUUCUAACUACCUUGGUGCAAAGCUUGAAGCCUGAGCCAGGGACCAGCAGCAGCACAGAUGGCAAUGGUGAUGCCCACAAAAAGUCGCACCAUAAGGCGAAGAACCUGAAGACAGGCAAAAAGAAGGAAAAGUUCAAGAAAUUCCUGGCAAAUAAGAGAACGCAAGUGAAGAAACUGCACAGCAAAUUCAAGGCGACUUUCAAGAAGAAAAUGCAAAAAUUAAAAUUUAGGAGGAAGCGCAAAUAG